CAUCACAGUUACUUGCAUCCAUCCCAAACCAAGGAGACACUGCUGCUUAUUUAGGAGAUCUCAUCUAAUCCUAUAUUUCCUUUGUGUUUGGAUCAUAAGCAACAGCAUGUCUUACUCCAACAGUUACCAAACUAGAGCAUCAAGCCAGAAAGUUCUUAGUGGCUCUCGUUUUGGGGGUUAUGGAGGUUUCAGCAGUGCCUCCCUUUCCAAUUCAGGUUUUGGGGGUGCAUUGGGGUCUCAAAAUGAAAGCUUCGGCUAUAGCACUUCUGGGUUUUGUGGCAGUGAUGGUCUGCUGGCAGGUGGAGAGAAGGAGACCAUGCAAAAUCUAAAUGAUCGUCUAGCCUCUUACCUGGACAAGGUCCGAGCUUUGGAAGUUGCCAAUUCUGAGCUGGAGAAGAAAAUCCGGGAGUGGUACGAACAGCAAAAAGCAAACAACAACAACCAAGGCCGAGACUUUACUAAGUACUACCAGAUAAUUGAGGAUCUGAAGAAUAAGAUUAUUUUUUCCACCACUGAUAAUGCCAGAGUUGUUCUGCAGAUCGACAAUGCUAAGCUGGCUGCUGAUGAUUUCAGGAUGAAGUAUGAGAAUGAGCUGUCCCUUCGCCAGGGUGUGGAAAAUGAUAUAAAUGGCCUGCGCAGAGUCCUGGACGAGCUGACCCUGUCCAGAUCUGACCUUGAACUACAACUGGAAAGUCUGACAGAGGAGCUGGCCUUCCUUAAGAAGAACCAUUUGGAGGAGAUGAAUGCACUUAAGGGUACCACUGGCCAGGUCAGUGUUGAGAUGGAUGCUGCACCAGGAGUAGAUCUGACCAAGAUACUGAAUGAUAUGAGAUCAGAAUAUGAAUCAUUGGCUGAGAAGAAUCGCAAGGAAGCAGAAGAAUGGUUCUUAAAGAAGAGUAGUGAACUGAAAAAGGAAAUUAACAAUGGUGUACAGGAGGUCCAGUCAAGCAGGAGUGAGGUUUCAGAUCUCAAGCGUACUCUGCAGAGUCUGGAGAUCGAAUUACAAGCUCAGAUUUCCAUGAAAAACUCCCUUGAAAGCACCUUGGCAGAAACAGAAGGUCGUUACUGUGUCCAGCUCAACCAACUUCAGCUCCAGGUUGGCAGUAUUGAAGAACAGCUGCAGCAAGUCAGGUCUGAUAUGGAACGACAGAGAAUUGAGUACCAGAGACUCCUAGAUAUCAAAACAAGGCUGGAGAUGGAAAUUGAGACCUACAGACGCCUGCUGGAUGGAGAGCUUGGGAGUUCCGUGCAACAGUCAAAGUCACAGACAUCAUCAAUAGAUUCUAAGAAAGAUCCAACCAAAACAAGAAAGGUCAAAACAAUUGUUGAAGACGUGGUUAAUGGGCAAGUCGUUGCUACCCAUGUUAAUGAAGUUGAAGAAAAGAUGGAUUAAGAACCCUUCUCAAGAGAUCAAGGAACACAGCCUUUGUAAACGUAUUACAACUAAUUAUGCUUUGGUGUUCAUGGAAUGAAUAUGACAAUGCCCCCCUAUAUUAUAUUGAAAACGACUGAGCGAUUAAUAAAAUAUUACCCACAUUUUAUAUCACAUACAGUAUGUGUGGGCAUUUAGAAAACAGCAAUUAUCAAUGUAAUUAGUUAAAUUGGGAAUUAUGACUCAUUUAUUGUGCAAUUCCAUAAUAGAAUGCUCACAUGCAAUAUUUUGUGUCAGAUUAGGCUAUAUCUACAUGAUUUCACUAAUUAGAAAGACUGCAUUGCAAGGUAUGCUUUUCCUUGGGUUCUUGUGAAUAAAAUAUUUGCCUGAUA